AUGGGCAGCGGCACUAGGGAGUGGGGCCGGGCUGAAAGGCGGCGAGCGUUCUUUCCCUUCCUGCUAUCUUUGUUCGGCCUGGUGCUCUCAGAGCAGAUCCGCUACAGGAUUCCCGAGGAAAUGCCCAAGGGUUCGGUGGUGGGCAACCUGGCCAAGGACCUAGGGCUCAGUGUGCAUGAGUUACCGACUCGAAAACUGCGAGUCAGUUCGGAGAAGCCUCACUUCGCAGUGAGCGCAGAGAGUGGAGAGUUACUUGUGAGCAGCAGGCUAGACAGGGAGGAGAUAUGUGGGAAGAAGCCAGCCUGUGCUCUGGAAUUUGAGGCUGUUGCUGAAAAUCCGUUGAACUUUUACCACGUGAAUGUGGAUAUUGAAGAUAUCAAUGACCACACGCCGAAAUUCACACAAAAUGCUUUUGAACUUCAAAUAAGCGAGUCUACAAAGCCUGGCGCAAGAUUUAUUUUAGGAUCUGCCCAUGAUGCAGAUAUUGGUACUAACAGUCUACAGAAUUAUCACCUCAGCCCCAAUGAUUAUUUCUCUCUAGUGAAUAAAGAGAAAUUAGAUGGAAGUAAAUACCCUGAGCUGGUACUGAAGAAGCCUUUAGAUCGGGAAGAACAGAAAUCGUACUACCUGACUUUGACUGCAUUAGACGGUGGGAAUCCACCCCUAAGCAGUACUGCACAGAUAGAGGUCCUUGUAACUGACGCCAAUGAUAACCCUCCAGUUUUCAGCCAAGACAUAUAUAGGGUAAGCCUGAAGGAAAACGUGUCCCCGGGCACUACCGUACUUCGAGUGAUGGCCACUGAUCAGGAUGAGGGUAUCAACGCAGAGAUCACCUUCGCUUUCAGCGAAGCCGACCAGAUUACCCAGUUUGGUGUGGACUCACGUACUGGCGUAAUUACUGUCCUAAGUACGUUAGAUUUUGAAGAAGUCAAAGAUCAUUCCAUGGUUUUGGAAGCAAGGGAUGGUGGGGGAAUGAUUGCGCAAUGUACAGUGGAGAUAGAAGUCCUAGAUGAAAACGACAACAUCCCGGAAGUGAUAUUCCAAUCUCUACCCGACUUAAUUAUGGAGGACACCGAGCUGGGAACAUAUAUUGCUUUGCUCAAAGUUCGUGACAAGGAUUCUGGAGACAAUGGCGAAGUUACCUGUAAAUUAGAAGGCGAUGUUCCAUUUAAAAUACUCCCUUCUUCAAGAAACACCUACAAAUUAGUGACAGAUGGAAUUUUAGACCGAGAGCACACUCCAGAGUACAACAUCACUAUAACAGCCACAGAUAGGGGCAAGCCACAACUUUUCUCUAGCAUAGGCGUCACUUUUCGAAUCGGAGAUGUCAACGACAACACUCCAGUGUUCAACCAGGCCUCUUACGCUGUCCACGUGUCUGAAAACAACCCUCCAGGUUCUUCUAUCACUCAAGUUAGCGCUUCUGAUCCCGACUUGGGGUCAAAUGGCCUAGUGUCUUAUGCCAUCGUGGCCAGUGACCUGGAACCGCGCACUCUGUCGUCCUACGUUUCUGUGAACACACAGAGUGGGGUGGUGUUCGCUCAGCGCGCUUUUGACCACGAGAAACUGCGUGCCUUCGAGCUGACUCUACAGGCACGUGACCAAGGCUCGCCCUCGCUCAGCGCCAACGUAAGCCUGCGUGUGCUGGUGGGUGACCGUAAUGACAAUGCACCUAGGGUGCUAUACCCAACACUGGGACCUGAUGGCUCAGCGCUUUUUGAUACAGUGCCGCGCGCUGCACAGCCGGGUUACCUGGUAACCAAGGUGGUGGCAGUGGAUGCAGACUCGGGACACAAUGCCUGGUUGUCCUACCAUGUGCUACAGGCCACUGAGCCUGGACUUUUUAGCCUAGGGUUUCGAACUGGCGAGGUGCGCACCUCGCGUGCUUUGGGCGACAAGGACGCGGCCCGCCAGCGCCUGUUGGUCGCUGUACGCGAUGGAGGACAGCCACCCCUCUCGGCCACAGCCACGCUGCACAUGAUCUUCGCAGACAGUAUCCAGGAGGCACUGCCAGAGCUCAGUGAUCACCCAACUCUUUCUGACCAGCAGACCGAACUGCAGUUCUAUCUAGUGGUAGCUUUGGCUUUGAUCUCCGUGCUCUUCCUACUGGUGGUGAUUCUGGCCACCGCUCUACGUCUGCGACGCUCCUCCAGCCCCACCACCUGGGACUGCUUUCAGCCUGGUCUUUGUUCAAAAUCUGGACCUGGGGUUCUCCCCAACCAAAAGGAGGAAACUUUGCCCUAUUCCUACAAUCUGUGUGUUGCACAGACUGGAACGACCGAAUUUAAUUUCCUGAAAUGUAGUGAGCAAUUGAAUUCAGGACAAGACAUACUCUGUAAUGAUUCACCUGGAGCUUUAUUUCCACUAUGUAAUCCCAGUGAGUCGACUUCCCAUCCGGUGAGUUUUCUUAAAACAUAA